AAUUGAUACCCCUGUAGCCUCCUCUUUAAGUACUCUACCUUCCCUCUCCUUAGUCCCUCACAUCUCCAUUAACACAAUCUCUCUCUCUUUCUCUUUUUUCUCUCUCUCUAGAAUUGCAUUUAGUAAAAAUGGCAAUGGUUAGGAUGCUUUCCGUUGCAAGUGUAGUAAUGUCACUAAUGUGGGUGGUUGCUGAAGCUAGAAUCCCUGGUAAUUACAUGGGCGGAGCAUGGCAAACCGCUCAUGCUACCUUCUAUGGCGGUUCUGAUGCUUCAGGCACUAUGGGCGGAGCUUGUGGAUAUGGUAACUUGUAUAGCCAAGGCUAUGGAGUGAACACUGCAGCAUUAAGCACAGCUCUGUUUAACAAUGGACUUAGUUGUGGAGCUUGUUUUGAAAUAAAAUGCGCAAAUGACCCACAAUGGUGUCAUUCAGGCAGCCCUUCUAUUUUUAUUACUGCUACAAAUUUUUGCCCACCUAAUUAUGCUCUUCCUAAUGACAACGGUGGCUGGUGUAACCCUCCUCGCCCCCAUUUUGACCUUGCCAUGCCUAUGUUCCUCAAGAUCGCCGAGUACCGUGCCGGAAUUGUCCCCGUUUCCUACCGCCGGGUGCCAUGCCGCAAGAGCGGCGGUAUCAGGUUUACAAUUAACGGAUUCCGUUACUUCAACUUGGUUUUGAUCUCCAACGUGGCGGGUGCAGGGGAUAUCGUGAAGGUUAGCGUGAAGGGCACAAGGACUGGGUGGAUGAGCAUGAGCCGUAACUGGGGUCAAAAUUGGCAGUCAAAUGCUGUUUUGGUUGGUCAGUCACUUUCGUUCAGAGUCACAGGCAGUGACAGACGCAGUUCCACUUCAUGGAACAUAGUCCCAUCCAACUGGCAGUUUGGUCAAACAUUCAGUGGAAAGAAUUUCAGAGUCUGAUUUUCCAAUUUAACCGAAAGAGAAAGUGAGAAAUUUAUAAAAAGAAUUCAUGUUUCCCGCCAUAAUCUAUUUCCAUUUUUACCCUUUUUGGUUCCCAUCUUUUUUUCUUUUUCUUUAUUUCAUAAGCAUAUUUUGACAUGGGUGUAUGGGUUUUUCCAGUAAUUGCAUAAUUAGAGGACAGAGAGGGACUAAAACAAGAGUGAAAAUGGAGACUUUGUUAUAUUUUUUGACUUUGUGAUCGGUGGGUUUGGUGUGUUAGAGCUGCAACGCUUAGUUUAGUGGUUGAAGCGGCGAAACAAAAAUUGUUAGCCCGCAACCUUUUUUUAUAUAUAUGUUGAUGGGUAUACAUUUGAGAAGUGUAUUGUACUAAUUUAUAGUUGAAUUUGAGAAAUGUUUAUUUGGUUUGUCUUCUAUA